AUGUCAGCCCCGGCUAGAGAGAGGCGGGGAAAUACCCAGGGGGCCAUAGCCCCAGCACCAACAGCAGCAGCGGAGGCAGGAGGAGGAGGUUCGCCGUCUGCAACGCCGCAGGGGCGCCACCGUCCCGUCUCCACACCAUCGCCAUCGGCGGCAAGAAAGCAACGGCCCACAGUUUCUGCCUCCUCCACCACGCGGCCAACGCCGCUCGCCUUGGCACUACAGGCCCAAUGGACGUUGCUGCAACAGAAUCUUCAGCUCGGCGCUAUUCCCAUCACAGCUGAACGUGAUUUGCUGCGGGUGUUGGAAUCCUUGCCGGGGCAUAGAAACGCCAUUCUGUCCGAUGUGGAGGGCGUGCUGCCCUACAUCCUGGCCUUUGCCGUUGCGCCCAUCCCAAGCGAGCGGACGCAGGUGAUUGCUCUCGGAGCCAUGCAGGCAACCGUCGGCUCACUCGUCGCUGUGUGGGGCCGAAAGGCAGCGGCUGUGUUGGUGCAUGAUUUCUUGGCAUUGGAACACAACGCCCUUCACGCAUUAGAGGUGACACUAUCCGUCGCACUGGGAGAUGAAGACGAAGGUGAGGAUGAAGAAGAGAAGGAUGAAAGGUGGAAGAAUAGCAGAGAUGAGGGUAUAAAGAUGCAGAAAAGGGACCGUCCCACCGCGGUCACCGAGACUCGCAGCGCCAUCAUUGGUAAUGCACUCGAGUUAAUACUAAUGAUGGUCACUGUUUCCAAACCGACAGCAGCAGCGGCGCUCACGCAUCCAAAACUUAUAGAAGCCAUUGGGCGCUGCCUAUCUAAUGCAUCGCCUGUGCAGGCCUGCGAUGUGGCCAGCAUUCUGCACUCCCUGAGUGCUGUAGAGGGCGCAGCAGANGUGCUUGUGGCAUGCAAGGUCUACUACAGUGCCACACUGUACAUCCGCACAAGUGUGCGUGGGGGCAUCGGCACCUCCCCAAAUGCAACAGUGACGGCGCUGUGUAUGUUCCUGCGCCUCGCUGCUCGUCUUGCAGAGUGUCCGGCGGCCUUCGCAGUGCUGCAAGAAGACCCCGUCAUGCCGCAGGUGAUGGAAGAGCUAUUACGCAGUCAUUGGGGAGAAGUGGUAGAGCUGAGCUGUCGCUGGCUCGCCACCACUGUGGCACACCACGCGGCGCAUAGCAGUGAGUUGAUUGCCGCCAUUCUCUACAAGACACAGGCUGGUGAACGGCUUGCAAGUAUGUUGCUGUGGCCGUCGAGUAUGGCGGCAUAUGCAGCUGCUGCGGCGCUCUGCUGGAGAUGGUUCGCCCUCGCCAGCCCCACCGUAACUAGCUCAUACGUGGUGACGAACCCCAACGCCCUGCUAUCGCUGCUGCAGGCCUUUGCGACGUUGCCGCUGUGUCGCCCGCGAGCAGCUGCGGAGCCGCAUGAUGGGGGAAGUGAAGGCACCGCGGCCCGAGGACUGCUGGUGGAGGUUGCAUGCACGUUAGGGCUCUGUCACGGUCUGGCGCCACGGGAAACACGUGCAGCGAUGCGGCGAAUUGCCCUCCACCGCCUGUCCCCUGUCACACAGGCAGAGGUGCAGCGGCGCGUCGCAUCCGUCUUCGCUAAUGUGAGCGAAUCAUACUUUGAGCAGUACCCGGCGGUUACGGUGCCUCACGGAAGAAGGCAAGCUAAUAAUGCCUCAAGUGUUGCUUCUGCCAGUGUUGGGCUCUCCUCGAUCGAGAGAAAUAUAACGGAGUUCGUCAGCGAUACAGAGAGUGACGAUGACAACGUAACGAAGCAGCAUCUGGAAAGUGGGCGGCGGUCCCACACACUGCGCUCCAGUGCUCAAUGGCAUGAAUUCCUGCUGCGCUCGCUGACACGCCUGUUUCGCGGCACUGCACGGGGGCCGGUGUCGGCGUCGAUACUGCAUGGACAUCAAUUGGGCGCGGCGACGGCUGGCGCCUCGGCUGUGCGUCGAAUCCCUGCCUCCACCGAUACGACUCAAAGGUCCCAAUUUAGCUACCACUCUCACCACCAACAGCAAAAGCAACCAGAGCAUGGUGCUGUUGCCAUUGCCACCUGUCCACCGUCGCUUUCACAGGGCGUUGUGCAGCGGGCGGAGCAAAUGGGUGGUACGUUCUACAUCGACAGCAUUCGUGUGAUACUGCGGCUGGCGCACCGCUACAAGCACGCCUUCGCACGGGAGACGCGUCAUGGCGCGGCUACAUCCCACUCGACGUCCACGCACUCCUUUAACCGUACAGGCAAGGCGCCCAACCCGUGGGCCCCCCCGGAGAAGGUAGAGUCCUCGCGUCGCUGGAGCGUUGAGGAUGUAUU